AAACAAGCGAUAAUGUCACAGGAAAUACUCCGUUUGCAAGUUCUAGCUAGUUAGAAUGUAUAACGACCAAAACAACGGUUGUGUUUAUAAUGAUGCUCCAACUGAAAAUCCUACUCCAGAAGGAGCUAGUAACAUAUACUGGGUUAUCCCAGGUCUAGACCCACCCGACUCUCUACCGCUCUCCACCCUAGCCUGUAGUCGUCACCUAAAUCUGAACAGCGAGUCAUUCUCAUCACCCGAUAGCUCAUUAAGAUAUCAUGAUUCGGUUGACCUCAGAACAUCACCUUUCCAUUCUUUACCUGUACAAAAUGUUCUCUGUCCCCUCCCGCCUUUCUAUCAUAACCUUGGGAACACAAAACAAGAAGUUUGCGAAAUCUCAAGACUUCAACCAAUGAGCUUUCGUCAUGAAGUCGCUUUUACCGCUUAUGAACAAUCCAUAAACUCCUACCUUCAACCUCCUGCUUCACUCAGUGUGGAACACAGUACUGUGCCUAAAACACCAGCCGAUACACGAUCAACACUUUGUCAGCUACAAAAUGUUCAAGAUCCUUAUCACCACUACAGUGCGAUACUGAAGAGAUUGACCUUUUGUGCUGGUGGACAGAUACAACUUUGGCAGUUUCUUCUGGAACUUCUGUCUGAUCGCAAUAAUGCCAACUGCAUUGUAUGGGAGGGUACCAACGGAGAGUUUAGACUCACAGAUCCCGACGAAGUAGCUCGUCGCUGGGGAGAGCGCAAGUCGAAGCCCAAUAUGAAUUAUGACAAACUUAGCCGUGCCCUUCGGUACUAUUAUGGCAAGAAUAUUGUGACAAAGGUACAUGGUAAACGUUAUGCAUACAAGUUCGACUUUGAGGGGCUUUGUGAAGCGGUCAAACCUAGCACCACAGAAAGUCCAAGGUAUAAUAAUCAAAUAAAUAUGUCUACCUCUAGCAGUGAAAGCAACACAUUAUACUUUACAGAAAAGGAAUGUAGUGGAGAUCUUCCAUCACCGACAGACGCUUCUACUCCAUCAUCUGGGAUGUACUGGAACAACUUAGCUCCAACGUUAUAUUCCACUAUGGUGGACACAAAUACUUCUGCCACGUAUUAUGUGUCUCCACAUGGGUCUCACGUUUCUCCUUAUACAUUCUAUUCAUAAUUUCUAUGUUUCAGAUUCCACCUACUUUAUCACAAACAUUUGAAAUACCUGCCCUAUUCUAAUAUCCGUUAUCUGUGAAAAUAUCAUUUAAAACUUAUGAAUAAUUCCAUAUGUAUCGAAAAACUCCAUAUCUGCCAUUCUUCACUGCCAUUCUCAAUAAAUUCAUACAGUUUAGAACUA